CCGGUUUUGAGAAACACCCACAUCAGAUGAAAACAAUCGCUCGUCUUUCCAAGUUUGUGGGCAGUAAACGGUUUAUUUAAUGAAAAUACACACAGGGUUUCAGAUGAAAUAACGUCCAGGAUAUGUUAACAGCGGGUCGAUGGCGCUGCGCGAAUUAGUUCUGCCAACUUUGGUGUUCGCUUCUUGCCUGUUACCGUUUUGUGUGUUUGGUUUUGAAGACGGAUCUCACGGAAGUGCUUCGGUUUCUAAACGUUGUGAAUGUGAUUCUGUCGAGUUUUGGCUCCCUGAAAGAACUGAUGGCGCUUCAAAAUUGCUCUCUUACGAAGAAAUCGACUCAAAUAUACCGAACGAUAUUAAGAUAUUGUCGAAAAACGAUGUGGACAGAGGCUUGCAUUUAUGGCUACCAAAACAUUGCGAAUUGAGUUCAGACAAUGCCUUGAUCUUACAAAAAGAUGCUGGGGUUAAAAGCCAAAACAUAGCCAAAGAUUCUGUUGAGGUUUGCGUUUGAUAUUCUAGACUAUUUGUGCUUAAGUAUAUUAUUAACGAUAUUAUCACGUUCAUCGAUGAGUGUUUUAUAUUUUGUCUCAUAGCAAACUAACUGUGCUGGUAUAUUUUGAAAACAGGUAUGGACCCCUUCCGUAAAUUGUAUGGCUGCUACCUUGAAAUGCAAGUUUAAAACUUUGUGCAUUGGCAUCGAAACGAGAAAGGAAGGUAAUUGUAUAUUUUUCGGAUAUCGAAACCUCUUGACAAGGUGUAAAGUGGAUUUGCAUAAGCCUUUCCACUGACGAAUUGUCGUGGUUUACAUAUUUUUUCUCAGCUCUGCAGCACUUUGAACUUAUUUCGUUUCUUAAUUUAAGGCUCAACGUCACAAAUUUUUGUGAAACAAAGACUAUUUUGUGAGCUUGAGGGCAGCAAUUUAAACUAUUGAAGUGUCUGGCAUUCUUUAAUACGCAUGGUUGCACAUGUCUGUGUUGAUUUGCUUUCGUGUUUAUACAACAGUUGCUGUACUCGCAUGCUUUGAGCUUUCUUAUAAUUCAUGGAAUUUUGUGAGAUAUGUUUCUGGUUUAUUUGGCUUUUCUUGGAAAGACCAAUGUCUAUGCUUGUUGCCGCACACUUCUCAUGUUCGGAUAAGGUUGCAUGUCCAGUUUGCCACUGUUCUGAUAUAAAUGUGGGCAUAGAAUGGAACAGGGCAAAUAUGGGAUGAUCAUUUACCCCGAGGACCGAUGUGUGGCAUUUUUGGGGUACUGCCUUUCCACAUCAGAGAAUUGAGACAAUCUAAAGAAUGUGAAAAGCGACUUUUCGAAGUUGUAAAAUGUCCCAUUUCCUGGUGCGUACUGUCAAACUUUUGAAGUAUACAAUCCGCAGUAAAUUGAUGCUGUAGAGAACUACCUCAUUUUUUAAUAAAUAGAUCUUCCACCAAGGAUCUUUUACCUGUGGAGGCAUGGAUGCUGACCUGUUUUAUCCAGCUAAAGCAGUUUUAGUUCAUGAAUUAGCUUUUCUCAUGCUAAAAAUGAAAGUGAUUGUGAAACCACAAGGUAGUUCUCUACUGUGAUAACUUAUGGGGGUCGUAUACUUAUGUGAUGAAAAGCCGAUAUAAACUUUAUAAACAAGAGAAAAUGUAAAACGUAACAGAACAGCAAACAUGCAGAUCUUACUGGUAAAUAAUGGUAAUGUUAGGAUAGUAGUUCUUGCAGACCGCAGAGGAGAGCUGGCAGUGAAGGCCGUUUUCCAUUAAGUUUGCACCUGUCACGCCCGUGUGAACAGAUUUUCAAAGCCCGCACGGGCAAAGCGACUGCAAUGGAAACUGGCUUUAGGGCUCCCUUAUGCACCACCUUGUAGAAAACCUGCACCCCUCCUUGCAGAUGAGGCUAGAUCUGCCCCUGAUUUAACACCACAUCAUAUUAAUUAAAAAUCAGAAUAUUAAAACAAACUUAAAUUAAUGAACUUGCCGCUGUAUUCUCAUAUGUAGUCCAGUCCACUCAACGAAAACUACUGAUGUUUAAAACCGUCGCCAGUGAAGAGACGUUUGCCCAUCGACCCUUCGCCGUUUUGUUAAGCGUCUUGGUUUUUUGUUCGAUGAUCAUUCUCAUUGCCUUGUGUGGAAAAGCUGAAAAGAAGUAUGUCUUAACAGUUGAGAAUUUUGGGUAAAGUAUGAUCUUAGGGGUUUGUUUGCACUAAAUGUAUGGCUGUAUAGCCAGUGCACUGCACCUCCCCCCAGUUAGGUAGCCCCCCUCCCCCCAUGCUUGACACAAUAGAAAUGUAUUGUCUUUAACCUAUGUAGAUGCAAGUUUGAAAUUAUCAGCAUAGCAUGACCAGUUGCCAUGCUAUGUCACCGCUUCGUCACUGUAUGGAGUAAGGCAGAAGUUUAUAAUUAAAUCUGUCAACAUUGUAUUAAUUGAAAAUAAUAAGUUCCUUCAAUGCUUUGAGUUUUUGUCUGUAAAUGCUAUAAGCUUAUUUGUAGACCCAUUGCACUGAUGUCACAAAUCCUUAGAGUGUCAUCCAGAUGCUCCCUAACAAUAUCUGUUCGGGUACAACAACCACAUACAGCGCAAAAAUAAACCAUUUUACAGGUAAACUAUGUGAAGCGUUUCUCUAUGUGAAGCAUUUGGAAUUUUCAAAAUUAGAUUUGCAAAUUUGAAAAACUCUUGAGGGAAUUUGCAAUUUUCCUGUCUGCCGUUGCAAUAUUCCAACGCAAAGAAAAUUCCUUUCAAAUUUUCCAAACUUCCUGUUUUAAUUUCCUAACUUCCUGUUCUGUUCUGAGCGUUAUCAUUGGUGGAUUAUUUUUGUUAGCCAAUUGCAACACACAGAACAGAACAGAACAGAACAGAACAGAGCAGGGAAUUUGCAAGGGAGUUUUUCAAAUUUGCUAAGGUAAUGAUGAAAAUUACAAUCAACUUAGGAACUCAAAAGAGAAACACUUCACAUAGUUCACCUGUAAUAAAAAAUUAUUAUAAAGUUUUACAAAAUUUGCUGUGUUUACAAAAGUUAUAUUAUGCAUAUGUUGCUAAUUUGUCCUCCAGAUGCAUUCGUCACCGGUGUUGUGACGUCAUGUGCCAUUGGUCUAUACAACAAUUAAAUAAGAGACCAGUAUCUAAAUUUAUCAAUUAUUUUAGUGUUUAAUGUUAGAAUUUCUGUUGGUAAGGAUGUUCUUGAAAAGCUAGUAGGAAAUGGUUUAGUACUAUUUAAAACACAAGCAGAAGUGUUUUAAAGGUGCUCUACAGUCCGAUCUGUGCAUGUGCACAAAGGAGCCCACUUUUUAUGAUACAAACAGUUUAACUAUGUUUUGGGUUCUUGAAAAGCCUGAUUGUUGUUUCUUGAUAAUUUAUUAUACUCUAAGAAGCUUGAAAAUAUAAAUAGUUGUCGAAUAAAGUUCAAUAUUUUGGACACAAAAUGUAAACAAAGGCUUUGUUUACAUACGGACUGUAGGGCACCUUUAGGCUUUAAGUAUAUUAAAAUGGCAUUAUAAAUUUCCAAGUCAUUGCUAUCAGAGGGGUUUUUAAUUCUGGUAUAUGGAGGCGUCUGUCCGUCUUUCCAAUAAAUCAACUCGAGAAACCUGGACAAGUUAAUUACUUUCUGUUGUCUAUUAAUGUUAUGUUGACAGAUUUAUAACACCUGCAGUCUUACUGUGUAUACAGUAGAUAGCUUUUGUAAUUCUAUCUUGGCAUUCAUAACAUAUUAUCGAAAUUAAGUGGAUGAUUUGAUUUAAACAAGAAGAACGUAAUCCAUUACCAUAGCUGGAAAGAGCAUCGUAAAAUGAGUAAAAUUGCAAAGUUUGGUUGCGAAGUGUUGUAAAAUAAGCAAAAUAUAGCCCUGUGAAGUUCGCAAAUUUUGUAAAUAUUUGCAUUACGCGCGUGAAAAAUAAGCGGCAUUUUUGAGCCGCGUUAUUUUUACCGCGCGUAACACAAAUAUAUACAAAAUUUGCGAACUUCACAGGGCUAUAUUUUCUUCAUUUUCCAACAUUUAGCAACCAAUCUUUGCAGUUUUACUCAUUUGGCUAAGACGCUGUUUCUAGCUGUGGUGUUGGAUUUCGUUCUCAGUUCUUGCCUUGAUCAAAAUUUAAUAUGUAGCUGGUAUCACCCAUUGAAAAUGAGUUUCAUUUAUUGAAAUACUUAGUGGUGUGCCAAAAGUUUUUGUCUUAAAUUGAUCUUAAAAUUUAGAAAUUUUAUACAUCAAUAUGAAGUUUAUAUUAAAAAAUAUACGUCUUAUAUUGUUUGUGCUAGACCUCGGGAAAGUGUGGCCCAUGACAGUUCUGCUGAUAUUGUUAGAAUGGUAUCCUCUGAAAAAGUACAGGUAUAUAAAAGUGUUUCGUAUUAAAAUAAUCACCCAGUUUAAAAUAAUCACCCAGACGUAAGGUUUAACCAUUAAGCCCUCACAUCCUUCGUUAUUUGCAUAUAUCACAUUGAAAUAUGGCUUCAACAGUAAACAGUGAAUUAUAUAACGCGACGUCGUUAAUCGCGAAAUCUGAGAAUACUUAAGGUACUGUGCAAAAUAAAGUCUGUUGAAGUAUUUAGUGUAGUGUUGGCCUAAUUUCAGUUACUGCCUAUUCUGUUUUUUCAAUAUUUAUACAGAGGUUAGUUUUUACGACAUUUGUCUAUUUAACUCUAUAUAUAAGCUCUACUGCCACUAGGAACACACUAAAUAUUUCUACAAACCGGCUAUGCUUUGCUACCAGCUUUUGAGACAAAAUGCAAACGACCUACCGUACUCUAUGAUUUUGCGCCGAUUUACAGCAUCGCGUAAUAUAUAUAAUUUACUGUUUAUCCCAGAAGUCCUAUUUCAACAGGUUAUGCAUCUAAUACUUUAGUUUGUGGAAACACCAAGUAAAUUUAUUUCUGCAAAGUUUUCGAUCCGUAAGCCCGGAUCUUCGUCAGUGCUAAUAAUGAGUCAUGCAUCGAUGAUAUACAUGCAAUGCGGCCCAAUGGGCUAGGCGUAUUCAAUAUUUGACUAAAACAUGCAAUUUUUUAAUAAAACUGUGCGUGGUUUUGCUGUGACAAGUAAAACAGUUUGGCAUUGGACAGAGUGAAGUAAUAAGCCAGGCCAAAAUGAGAUCUAUUAUUGCAGCUUUAUGGAUUGAUUGAUUUGAUUCUAUAAAUUUUAGAGUCUUCGUAAAACAGAUACAGUCAACGACGAAGGAGAAAUCAUAGACAUCAAAGUCGAAGGCUCCGGCAACUUGGAUACAGACAGUAACUCGAACAACGCCAAACAACUUGUUGCGGAUGUUGACCUAUCUUCAGUCGUUGUAUCGGAAAGCGAGGCCCAGAAAGAUGUUGGCAAAAACAGUAUUGACGAGGUCGUACUUCAAGACAACGUGAACGACCCAAAUACCGGGAAGGCUGGAGUUGAAAAACAGAAGGAGAUUGAUUCGCGGGGGGAAACUGAGGAAGAAGAUAAAAUUCGAGAAGGGAAGAAAGAUAAACGAAAGGAUGAAAAGGAAAGGAGAGAUAAACACAAAGAAAUCAAGAACAAAGAUCGAAACAAAGACAUGAGAUCGAAGCGCUCUCACACUUCUCCCGAAAGAGAGGAAAAAAAUUCCUCCACAUCCAAAAUGCGAUUUUCUCUAAAAGGAAGUUCAAACGCUUACGAAGAACCGAAAGUUAAGAAGAGAGAUAAGACAAAAUCCAAGAAAACGGCAGAAAGCAAUUCUCCGCUCCCCAACUCGGCAUUCAGGGGGGAUCGUCGUAGCUUUACAAACCGGGAAUUGCCCAAGAGACCUUCGGAAGAGCGUGACAACCCCCCUGCUUCCGCGUAUGAUACAGACGAAGAGGAAGAGGAAGAAAACUACGAAUGUGUUAAGAUACAGGGGGGUCCUCCAAGGAGCCCGGGGAAACUCAAUGUCCCCUCUCAAAUCUGCGACAAUGGUUCCGAUUUGGAUUUAUACGACUCGGUGGAUGAUACGAAAGUUGCCAAGCCGCAAACGGGGGUAGGCCCCAUUCCAAAUUCCGAUGAUGAAUUAGAAGACGCUUAUGAAGUAGUCGUUUCAAAACCUCGUCCCACGGCCCCCACCUCUGCCAUACUCCUCACAAGGCCCCCUGCCCCUGAGCUAUACGAGAGUGUCAGCGGGGACUACGAGAACCCGGGGGUGACCAAACAGCGAAGUUUUUCUGAAAGAAAACCCGGCCGCUCCUCUCCCCAAAUGGAUGCCCAGCGCAAGGCGAUGUCCCUGGAACGGAGGCGGGAGAACGCCCCCACUCCCCCACCGUUGGAACACAUGCACCAGAUCGCAUCACAUCAAAUUAUGAUAGACGACAUCGAACCGUAUACAGUUACGGUAAAGAAGGGCGAUCAUAUUCUUCAAGAGACGAGCAUUUCGACGCACGACUGGCCACCUAAACAUAUAGAGGAGACCAAUUUGAGUCCCGAGGAAAAAGAUCAGUUGUAUACGAAAGUGGACAAGGAGAAACAGAAGAAAGACAGGAUGGAGAAUCCAGCUGGUGAUGCUGGGAUAAUAGGGGAUAACGAAGUUACGGGUAGAGCCGAAGCGACGGUUUCUGUAUCUGUAGGUAAGUAUCCUAGUUCCUUGCACAACCAAGACUCCGUUUCCACUAGAGCGAAAGUUUUCGGAUUCAUCACAAAACCGGAACGUUUUAGUACCGGAUUCAUGCAUGCCGUUUACACACGCAGCGACGAAUCCGAUGGUAAAUCUUCUCGGUUUCGUGCCGUGUCCGGAAACUUUGAAUCCGGAAAAGUUUGUGGGAACUUCGUAUCCGGGAACAUUUGAAUCUCAUGAGAAAACACUCGUGCAUGUGAACAGCUUUCCGUAAAGAAUCUGAAUGAAUUUGUUGUGUAUGUUUUUUCAAAUUUAUUGCUAUUAAAUUCAACCGCCAAACAGGGUCAAAACAUCGCAUAAUAUCACUAAGAGGGUUAAAAUUAUUUACUUUAUAUUGACCAUCGCUGUGUCGGGCUGUGUAGUGUAAACGCCUCAUGGAUCCGUGUACUUGACUGAAAAACAAGGAAUUAAUCUGGAUACUUAUACAAAUCCGGAAAACUUUUGCUUUAGUGUAAACGUAGUCUAAUAGAGUGACUCUUCAAUACUCAGUGAAAAUUUCAGGUCAAUAGCUUGUAUAAGUUUUGAAAAAUCACAUAUUCGGACAGGCCCCAGAAACGACAAAUUGAGAAAAUCAGCCACUAACCAUGGGGCUCAAAAUGCUCCAGCUUCAUAUUAUAAGUAACCUCCUUUUCUGUUAGAUUGUCAAUAUAAGUUUAAAGCUUGAACAUUAACAAAGCACCACCUUAAUAUUCUGUCUCUCAAUGUAGUUUCUGGUGAAGAACACCAAUACGAAACGAUGCCACGAACGAAAAAUUCUGAAACAGCGCUAGAAAAGAAAGAUUCUGUCCAGGAAGAACACCAAUACGAAGCGGUGGCACGACAAAAAGAUUCUGAAACAACGCCACAAAAGAAAGAAUCUUCCCAGGAAGAACAUCCAUACGCAAAAGUCCAAGUAAAACAAGAUUCUUUCGACUUAACUGAAGAUCCUGAACUGUACGAAGAAGUCGAGACAAAAAAGGACAACACAAACCCUAAGAGCGCACCUGUGUAUGUAUAAACCAAAGUUGUAUUAUACCGUCACGAGGGUCUUCCAGGAGGGAGGGGGUCUGGGUUGACUUUAAUCAUAGGUUAGGAAACUCGAUACAGACAGGUUCGUGCAAGAAACUUCACACCGCUUGUCCCAAGUUGUCAACAAGUUUGGAACAAGCUGUCACCAACUUGUAACAACCUUGUUGAUAUUAUCAGACUUGAUGCAAGGUUGUUCCAACAAGUCAUGAUAUAACAAUGUUGCUACAACCUUGUGUCGUCAAUCUUGUAACAUUCUUGUUAUAUCAUGACCGUAUCAGACUUGUUACAACAACCUUGUAGCAAGUCUGAUAAUGCCAUCAAGCUUGUUACAAGUUGUCAACAGCUUGUUCCAAACUUGUUACAACAACUGGGAACAAGCAGUGCGAACACAACUUGUGAACAGAUUUGUAACAACUUGCUUGCAGACUUGUAACAACUUGUGCGUUUUUACGUGUGUAAUUACACAAUGGUUAAAUGAAAACAUUGGUUGAUCUGGCGAAAAUACAACACACACGUGACGAUGAACCGACUAUUUCUUGCAUAAACCAAAAAAGACAAGCUUUUAGAUAAUGAGAUCUGUUAAUAUGUCUGCAUCGAGUUCCCUAACCUUCUUAUUCUAUCGAGUAUGCUUAAAUAGUUUUCCUUUGUUCGCAACAAAGAUUUGAUUAUAUUUCCCAAACCUUGCAUGUUCCCUUGGUUCUUACGAUUUUUUUUCGGCUUUGUUCCCUCUUCCCAUUGCAAAAUAUGCCUAAUUGUUCCUUUGUGCCCUAGAAAUCCCUGGGAGACCCUUACUAAUAGCGAGCUCGAGCAAGCGACGUUUGUCUACACGGAGUCGAAUUCAAAAAUUAAAAAUUCAAAAAUUUAUUAACGCAGACUAUAAUACACUUAGCCACAUGCAGCUAUUUUACCAGUGCUUCCAUUUUGGAGGAAAUUUCCUUUUUGAAGGAAAUUUGAACUAGUUGAAGGAAAUUAUUAGGAAAUUCGAAUCUGAAGGAAAUUUGAAGGAAAUUUCGGAAGAUUGAAGGAAAUGUGAAGGAAAUUGCCUUAUUUCUACAAAAUCCUAAGAAUACGGCAAUUUCCAAGGAAAUGCGCUUCAAAAUAUGCUGAAAAUCCUGUUCUGCGAGAUGCAAAAUCUGAAAAUUUUCUGGGGGAGCACCCCCAGACCCCCCUGGUUAUUCUCCUUCGUGUUAAUCUAGGUAAACUCUUUCUCUCUCCCCUUUGAUAAUUCAGCUCCUGCAACGUCUAUGUGCCUUCUAGAACAAGAAAUACCCGGUUAUUCGAGAUAAAUUACUAUAAAAUCAGUUUUAAAUUAGGUAAAAUUCAAUAAUUUUUAUUGCAAGGAAAUUUUUUCAAAAAUAAGGAAAUUUUGAACGGUAGUUAUACCGCGUCAGUGCCAUAGAUAUCUUAUAUACACUAGAUAGCGCAUCUCGUUUAGUAAAAUUGAAGCCAAGAAUAUUCCAGCGGUUACCCCCAUUUGAAUAGAUGGCGGCCAUGUUGGAGUUUCCCACUCGCUGAUAAACGCUUAAAAAAGAACAAUAACUUUCAUCAUUUGAAUAGUUUGAAAAUGUAUUUGGAAUAGGUUUAAUUGAAUGUUUAAGUUCCCUGUUUAAGAAAUAGAAAACAUAUCAAUCUUCUCAUUUCAUAGGAAUACCCUGAGCCUGCAAUCACGGCUUCAAUUUUUGAAUUGCAGAAUAAUUAGAUGCACUAUCUAGUGUAUAUAAGAUAUCUAUGGUCAGUGCGGACAAAGCAUCGCUUGCUUGAGCUCAACCGCGAGACCACUGUUGUACAUAAAAGUCCCGCUUUAUACUGCGACGAUACGCCAUGUUGGAAAAAGACAAGCUGAAUAGAUGUCACUGUUAGAUAUAGAAAAUGCUUACGCCUGGCUCGCACAUCCGAGAUAAACAAAAGCAUAAAGGAAGACAAAACUCAAAAGCCAUACAAAGUAACAUAUAUGUGUGGACACGAAGACAGACAUUUUAAGAGUUUCUUUUUAUUCAUUGAAUAUCUACUUAAUAUCCUUAUAUUUCUAAAUCGAGUCGACAAGAUUUGUUUUUAGAAAUUAUGAAAUUUACAGUAACGACAUGGAUGGAAUAUGUUGAAAAUAUCAACAAUUUCGAACUAACAAUACACGCUAGUUUUUUAUGAUUAUACCCUAUAGUCUUUUGUAAAUAAUGAAAAUUAGAAUAAUUUUUAAUACCGCCAUUUUAAAUUACACGUCAUUUUUAUUCUGUGAGUCGAAAUUUAUUAUAUAUUUUAUUGUGUAACUUUUCUACUGAUUUUCACACCUUUUACCUAGACCGCAAACGGUUACUGAUAAUGUUCACGGAUAAAUUUGUUCCAAAACUUGGCCUCUCAUAAAUUCGCUUUUCUCCACGCCAAUUGCAUUGAGAACGGUCGCUGCCACAUCGAGACUCGACACAUAUUUACUUUCCAAACUGUUGUUCUUUAGCGCAUCUGGACC